GAGGUUUUAUACUCACCCGCGCUCAUCGGCAACCCAUUCCCGGCGCCGGAACCCUAGAUCGCCGUGGUGUUCUCAUAGACCUAUCCAUCGCUGCCCAAAUCCAUUCUCAGCGCGCUUAUAUUUCACUCCGGUCAUCUCCACCGCCAACCUUUUCGGCGCCUUCCUUGAGAAUCUCCUCGCAGGACUCCGAUGAGUUCCGGAGAGUAGUUGUGAUCUUUGUGUUUUCAUAGUUACUGCACUUUCAAACAGAAUAGAGAAUUUCAAGGCAUUUGGAUGGCAAUGAUCAUCAAGUUCUUAUCAAGAUAAAACCUUAUCUAAGCCUCUGGCUGUCUCCUUCAAAGUUUAAUCUCAUCCUAUUGCCCUAAUCUAUACAGUUCUAGCUUUAGUUUGUGGAUUGACAACCUUGCACACAAGGUGCUUGACGAAAUUUCUCAAAGAAAGAACAAGACUAGUUGUUCUUUGAAUGGACCAAGAGCUGGAGUUGUCACUGCAAGACCUGAAUGAAAAGGCAUACAAGUUAUUUUUGGAGUUCAUGACAAGAACUGCACAGUUGGAGGAGUUGGCCAAUGUAGGUCAUCGUUUCCUUAGUGAAUUUCAUCAGCAGCUAGAGAUGUUGAGAAGGCCUUCUUUCAUUGAAACUUCUAAGUUAGUCAAUAGCAUAACUAAAGUUAAUCAAACUGACAGAAUGAAGGCGUAUAUUGAAGCUGGUUGCAAAAAUAUUCCCCUUGAUGUGCAAAGUAUAAGCAAGUUACAUUCUUGCAAACAAGGACUUCAGAACCAUGUAGAAAAAGCCAAAAUUCUGCUUGAUGAACUUGACUGCGUCGCGGAAGAUGCCAUUCGUGUUAUGCGUAUGGCUGAUGAAAGUAUUUCACAUUUCUUGGAUGAAAGUUCAGGGAAUGGGGUAAAGCAGGAUGUGCUUUCUUUUGAAGAGGAAGAAACUGAACCGAUCUCAUUUACAAGACAGUUCAAUUUUAUAUGCCACGAUCAUGAUGGUGAUUUACCAAAUGCUGAAGCUAGAUUAUGCUAUGCAGGAAAAUAUUGUUAAAUCUCUUGAUCUCAAAACAACUUCAUCAGAGUUGGAAAGCUACUGCCUCAUGUGGGAUCUCCGGCCAUACAUUAAUGACAGCAUAAUGCGCCGUGCUUGGAGCUUUGUUGCAUGACAAAAGCAGAGUAUGGAAAUAUA